CUUUCGAUCAUUCCAUCAUUACAGUUCCUUAAUCGAUCUCCUAUAGUUUCUUUUCAUACAUCCUUUCAAAACAAAUACAGAAAAGCAGAGAGAUCUUCUUGUCACUUAUAUUGAGAGAUGGCUGAGGAGACCCACCAGGCAUAUCCUAUUGCCCCAGCAAAUGGUUACGCAAGAAGUGAUGGAGAGUCUUUGGUAUCCGAAGAUGAGCUCAAACGCAAGAAGAGAAUCAAGUUGUUUACUUAUAUUGGCAUCUUCAUUGUGUUUCAGAUCAUAGUGAUGACAGUAUUUGGUCUUACUGUGAUGAAGGUUAAGACCCCCAAGGCCAGGUUGAGUGAAAUCAACAUCCAAAGUCUCAACUCUGUCCCUGCAACACCUUCAUUCGACGCAACCUUCACCACCCAAAUCAGGAUCAAGAACACAAAUUGGGGUCCAUAUAAGUUCAAUGCAGGUACUGCUACGUUUCUCUACCAAGGUGCGACUAUUGGGCAAGUUGUUAUUCCUAAGAGCAAGGCCAAAAUGCGUUCAACCAAGAAGCUCAACGUCGAGGUGGCUGUGAAUACUAAUGCACUGCCAAGUAGUUCUACACUUGGCAGUGAAUUGAGCAGUGGGGUGUUGACGCUGACCAGCCAAGUUCAAUUGAAAGGAAAAGUUGAAUUGAUGCUCAUAAUGAAGAAAAACAAGAAUGCAGCAAUGGACUGCACAAUAGCAUUUGAUCUGUCUACGAAGACGGUCAAAACUCUACAAUGCAAGUGAUCAUCAAUCAUAGAAGACAAGCAGUGAGUGCAGGAAGGUGGAGCUAGGCUGUAUCUCCGGCCAGUAGUUGUAUUGAGAGAUGAUAAAAGACUAGUUCUUGAUUUUCUAUUGUGCUUUUAGUCUUUUAUAUAUCCUUAAUUCUCUAUGCAAAUUUUGGAUUUGUUGUAGAGAUAUAUAAUUAUAUAAAUAUAGAAGAUCGAUUUCUGUACUA